CGAGAUUUCGCGCGGCUCCGGCGGACGCACCCACGAAUCAACUAGCACGCUGGAAGCAAACGAGUCUCUGGGGCUCCCCGCGGCAGAGAAGUCCCGCGCGCCAUGCAAUCCCCGCCGGACUGGCCCCCGGUGCCUGGCGCCCUCAGGCCUUCGCCCUUCCCUCACCCUAUGCUGCAUGCCCUCCACGGCCUGGCCCGCGUGCUGCUCUUCCCUGCCUACUGGGCCCUGGACCAAUUACUGGGAAGCUGGGCGCCGAUGGCGCGUCCGAGUCGCCUGAAAUGGUUGGGCGCGGCCGCGGGAGCCGGGGCGGCGUUCCUGCUGCUGGUGCUCAUUGGCCUGCCGCUGGCACUGCCUGGCUUACUGCUCUGGCAGCUGCUGCAGAUCUGGCGCCGCCCCUUCUGCUACCAGCCCCCUCCGCAGUACUGGGCGCCCCCUGAACCCUGGCGUCCUCCAGCUGAGCCGGCGCGCUGCUUCAGCUUUCUCAGCGCUAACCUAUGUCUGCUCCCUGACGGCCUGGCACGCUUCAGCAACUUGCCGCACACCCAGCGGCGAGCCGAAGCCGUGGGUGCUUUGCUGCUCGCUGGCCUACAAUCCUCGCGCUAUGGGACUAUGGGCUGCAGCCCGCCAGGGCAUGGGGCGCCGAGUGGGGUGCUAAUAGCCUCCUUGCCGGCUGGUGUGGACUUCGUGUGCCUGCAGGAAGUGUUCGAUCUGCGCGCGGCGCGCCGUCUGGUGAGCCGCCUGGCACCCAGUCUGGGCCCAGUGCUGUAUGACGUGGGUACGUUCGGCCUGCAGCCCGGGCCGCACCUCAAGCUGCUGGGCAGCGGGCUGCUACUGGCCUCGCGCUACCCGCUGCUGCACGCCGCCUUCCGGUCCUUUCCCCACGCCCGUCGCGAGGACGCUUUGGCCUCCAAGGGACUUCUUUCUGCACAGGCGCAGGUGGGCAUCCUGAACGGGCGCCGCAUCGUGGGCUUCCUGCACUGCACGCACUUGCAUGCUCCGAGUGAGGACGGGCCCGUGCGCUGUAAGCAGCUAACGCUGCUGUUGGACUGGGCCGAGCAGUUUGAGGCAGAGAGCCGCCAUAGUGAUGACGCCGUGGCCUUCAGCGUGCUCCUGGGUGACCUGAACUUCGACAACUGCUCUCUAGACAACGCAGAAGAACAGGAGCACAAGCUCUUCAGCCGCUUCCAGGACCCCUGCCGGCUGGGCACGCGCCGGGAGCAACCGUGGGCCCUGGGAACGGUACUGAACACUUCCAGGCUCCACCACUCUGUGGCCUGCUCCCCAGAGAUGCUGCGGAGGGCCCUGGAGCAGGAGGAAGGUCGCCACCGCUACCUGGCAGGCCCUCCCCACGGAGGCCCCCGGACUAAGCCCUGGCGGGGCCGGCGCCUGGAUUAUAUCACCUACCGGGGAGCACCCGGAGGCCCGCUGAGCCCAGAAGUGGAACAAGUGACGUUCAGCACCGCCCUGGCAGGGCUCACGGACCACCUGGCCGUGGGACUUCGGCUCCGAGUUUCGAUGCCCUGGGAAAGCAGGCACGCAGGAGACAGCUGCGAGGCGGGGUGGAAAGACCGGCAGGGAGGCCAAGCGUGAGCCUGGAGGGUCGCCGCAGGACCAGGGCGAC